GAUGCGCUGCCCCUUUAAGAGGGGAACCCAUUCUGCCAGCUCUAUGCUCUAGCAGAGCGGUGCCAGCAUUAGUUACUUGCCUGCGACAGACCAAUCCAGAACAGUGCAGCCGUCUCAGGAGCAGCAAGUGAGCAAGCUCCGCCCAGCUUGGCCGGAGGAUGGAAUCCCUCCCUGAAGCCGUCCUGAUCCAGAUCCUGGCCUCCAUCCCCGCGGCGGAUCUGGUGCUGGCGUGUCGCUUGGUCUGUUGCCAUUGGAAGAACCUUGUGGACGGAGCAGCUCUCUGGACCCUCAAGUGCCAGCAGGAGGGCUUCACCAGGGCAGAGCCUAAAGAGGAGGCCGAGAACUGGCAAACAUUCUACUUCCUGAGUAAGAGGAAGAGGAAUUUAAUCAAGAACCCCUGCGGCGAAGAGAAUUUAGAGCACUGGGGGGAAGUGGAGAACGGAGGCGAUGGCUGGAAAAUUGAGGACCUGCCAGGAGACUUUGGAAAAGAAUUUCCCAGUGAUGGAGUCCACAAAUACUUCGUUACCUCCUACGAGUGGUGCCGCAAGUCCCAGGUCAUCGACCUCAGGGCUGAGGGUUACUGGGAGGAGCUGAUGGACACAACCCAGCCUAAAAUUGUGGUAAAGGACUGGUACGCGGGUCGCAGCGACGCCGGCUGCCUCUACCAGCUGCACGUGAAGCUGCUGUCGGAGCACGAGGACGUCCUGGCCGAGUACCAGAGCGACACCGUUGCCAUUCCACAGGACAACACCGCCAACUGGACCGAGCUCUCCCACACCUUCUCCAACUACGGCCCCGGGGCUCGCUUUGUACGCUUUGAACACGGAGGCCAGGAUACUCUCUUCUGGAAAGGAUGGUACGGGGUCCGCAUGACCAACAGCAGCGUGAUGGUGGAGCCCUAGCCGGGCCAUGGCCCCUCAAGCUAGACCAGGUCCCGUUCACCACAGCUGACCCCUUGGGUCCUCCAUGGGCUUUGGAUGGUUUCUGCAUGAUGCUGCUUCCAGAGAUGAGGCAGGAGUGCCAGGCUGAGCGUAUAUCACUUACUCACUCACUCACUCACUCUCUCUCUGUGUGUGUGUGUCCCCAUCCCCCAUCUUUCCUCACUGGGUUAUGCAGAGUCUGGGAGUAGCUGGUUUGGGGUCCAUUAAUGGACCAACCCUUAGAAAGCUUUAAAAAAAAAAAACUUCACUGCUCUCCCCUGCCCCACUCGCCCGACGCCCUUUCAGCCAGCCCCAGAGUCGCUUUGGAGUGGUGCCAAGGCUGGAGUAGGGGGAACGAGCGAGCUGGCUAUAAAUAAUUCCACGACCUUCCCUCCCCAGCAGCUGCACUGAACAGUGACUUUCACGGUGCCACUUACCAGCAUCAGAUACAGUCCAUUUUGAGAGAGAUGAAGGCUUCAUUUUUUAGACGCUUCAAGAGAGAGGCAUGGCUCUAUGGUCUCAACACAGGACCAGGAAGCCCUGAGUCCCAGUUCUGCCACUGAGCCCCUCUGUGGCCUGGGGCAAGUCACUUAGCUUCUCUCCCCAUCUAUAACAGUUGCCUACCUCCUGGGAGAGAGAGCUCGUUAAAGUUUGCUGUGCUGGAUGGCUGGUUUCUUUAUUAUUAAUAAUAAUGCAAAGCAGCAGGGAGAGGAGGGUGCCUUUUUUCUUAGGCUGAGCCCAGGAAGGGAACAUAAAGAUGAAAGUGGAGACUGCCCUGGAGCCGUGUCUAGUUUGUUAAAAAUGAAGCAGCUUAGCUAGCAUAAGCCAAAGUCUGGAGAGAGACCAGGACCUGAGCCCAGGCAGAUCAGCUAGAAAUAAUCCAGAUGGGAGAGAGAAAGAGAGAGUAAGUGUGAAUGGAACCAGAUCCAGCUGCCCCAAUGGACCUCUAGCCUGCGCUAAAUCCUGACCUCAGGCUCUGGCUUUUUGUAGGUAGGACAGGGGGAAGUUCUUACAGGAACCCUCCUUUAAAGAACGUCUUCUGCCUCAUCCCUUGGGAACCUUGACCCUCUUUCCCAGCCUCCUCUGCGUGCUGUACCCCAUGUACCAGGGAAGGGCAUACAUGAGAGCCACUAUCUCAGCUGACACACCAGGGAUUGAACCAGGGAUCUCCAGAGCUCAAGGUGUAACCGCCUAUCGCUUGAGCUACAGCCCCAAGGCUCCUGGGUGGGAAGGGCUGUAACAGGUUCGCAUCCUCUGCAAAUCAAUUUCACCCAUGUACACCACUCUGCCCCACCUCCAUCUCCCCCUGCUCCCCUCCUCAUCUCUCCCCUCUGCUCACUCCCCUUUUCAUGCUAGCCCCUGUGCCCCCUCCCCACAUGCCCUCACUCUCCUCCUCUGGGGGACAUUCUCUUGGACUCCCCCCUCUGACGCCUCCGGCAUUUCUUGGGCUUGAAGCUCCUGGGGAUGGUAUCUGUGGGAUGUAGCCCAGGCUCCGACGUCGCAUGCUAGAGAGAACAGGCGGAAGGGAAGGCCGGGCAAUGCAGAAAGUCACAUGCUCCAGAGCCUAAGAACCCCCUGCAGCCUCUGAGCGCUGUCCAGGGCCUGCGGCGAGCCCCGUGCUAAUCAGGCUUUUGGAGCCCAGAAAAGCUGCUGCUAACCGUCACCUACCCAAGGAUGAGACUUGGCUGUUUCCACGGAGCCUCUGGAAAGCACAGAUCCACCUCGAAGGAACACGCCUAUAUGCCAGGAAACAUGUACGUGCAUCCUCCCCCUUCGUGCCUCUUGACACGGCCUCGGGCUACGCCCACAACACCAAACAGAAAGUCCUAAACUUAGCUGAGCCGAGACUAACCCCCCACCACCCGGCAACCAAUCCUAGUGGAAGAGCCUAGGCGGCCCCUUCCCUUAAGCAGGCUGAGUGGGUGGUUGGAGAGAGAGAGUGUCCUCUUUGCCCCUGCUGUCAGGACAGUGCACCCAUAACUUUAGCACCAAACUGUGCCAUUACCCAAUGCAACAUGCUUGUGUUUCUUUUGCAAAAGGCAAGAGCAGUGCUUAAUCUGGGACAGGGCGGCACCUCUGGGCUUGACAGUUCAGAGCCCAGAGAGGCCGGGGCAGCUCAAAGAGGGAAUUCAGAGCCCCAGCACUGCUGGCCUUGCCGUAUCAGUUAUGGAAGUAACACAAUUGCUUGAGCCCCAGCCCCUCUUUCAUUACAAAGGAAGCCCUGGGCAAGCGCUUCUGAGCCACCACCUCAUGUGUCCGGCCUUCUGUCAGGCUCUCUGCGAGUUGCUGCACCUGGACACGUGGGCCCCUCUUGCAUCCUAAGCCCCUGUCCCAAGCCGGAUGGUCUCUCUGGCCAAAGACCACAAAUAAAAGCACUGUGUGUACAAGCCCCGCCUGGAGGGUGUGUCUGCGUCUCUGGGCUCAGCAUGCUUUCCUCCUGUGAUAUAUGGGUGGGGCUGGGCUACGUCAGCUGCCUCCAGCCAAAGGGUGCGGGGCCAGGAUUCCUUCCUCAAUGCUGGAUCCCCCACAGGGAGGGCACAUGCCAACAUCCCAGCUAUACCCGUCCCCUUAAGGAGCAGGCUAUGCUUGGGCGAAGGGGCCGGGGGGCUGGGAGAGCACAGGCGCCGGUCGGUCGGGGGCCAGCAAGAGCUUUUCAUCCAGCACACGUCCCCUCCCCUCCCCUCCCUUGGGGCUCUAGCAGCCAAGACACAGUUCGUACGAAGGGCUCACCUCGGGCUGUGAGCCGGCCCCCGCCUGCUUGGAGUCCGAGACCUCUUGCCACCUGCCUCCCAGGAACCCAGGCUUUCCUGGAGCUCCUGGCUGGGCCCCGAGUCCCCUCCCUUGCUUCACAACUCUGCCCUAGUUGGGGGACUGACGCCGGGUGUUAACUCUCUGC